AUGGACCCCGACGCCAGCAUACCCGAGCCCGCGCCCUCGGCCUUCAACUACGUCCUCUCGUUCCUCUUAGUGGGCGUCGCCUGGGGUUUCACAACCCCCUUUAUCCGGCGCGCCGCAGCCGACUUCAACGCGCGACAAGGCCAGCAACAAGCCUCGAGCACUGCGUCUGGCCGUAGCAGACCCCAGACCGAUGGGCUUGGAGAAUAUAGAGAGGGAGAAGAGCAGGAAUUGCUUCCUCCGGAUGAGAGUUUUCAUUCUCAUGGGGUGAGGAGGAGUACGAGUAGUGACUCGGGUCGAAUGGGCGCCGGUGCGAGGACUCGGCGGGGACAAGAACAGGAGCAGCAGCAGCAGGAUGCAGAAGAGGAAGAGGAGGAAGAGGAGGAAGAGGAUAACACACCCACGCCGGCAUGGAAACGCUCCUACCCACCAACCCAAUCCUGGCUCCGGACGAAGAUUGUCGGACUCUUUUGGACGGUGGUCAAUCUGCUUCGCACGCCUGCGUAUUCUAUUCCGCUGGUGAUCAAUUUGACUGGGAGUGUGUGGUUCUUUCUGCUGGUCGGAAAACAUGGUAUGAAAUCCCCCAAACUCUCCCUGUUCUUUGGGACAGAACAAUUCGAAGACGAUAAAAUACUAUCCAUAAAUGCUGACACAUGGCUAAUGACCCCUUUCUUGGCGGAUGCAGAACUCUCUCUCACCGUGCCCCUCGCCAACUCAAGUGCCUUUCUGUUCACGGUGCUCGGCGAGUGGUACGUUGAGCGCAAGGUGAUUGCGAAGGAGACGUGGCUGGGAUUGGUGCUGGUGCUGGGCGGGAUUGCGCUGUGCGUGCACUCGAAGAACCAGACGGACUGA